GCAAACGGAGACUUGGCACAAAAGAAGUGAAGUUGAGCACUUGAGCUACAUCCAAGUGACUAGGUUACAAAUAUCCCCCGACUGCACCCAUUCCAAAACUCCAUCGUCACCCCCUUCUUCCCUCUCUUCACUUUUAACACUUGGCAACCACAUUGUUCCAAACUCACAAUCCCUAAGCUUGACACACACAAACACAAUCUUAAAGCUCAACACCAGACCCUAAUCCUUCAAAUGGGCUGCUGUGAAAGCACCCCCAUCUCAACCCAUCCCACCAAGCCCACCACCACUCCUCCACCACCACCACCACAACCCAAACCAGCCCUCAUUACCCACCCUCAACCUCAGCCUGAAGAAGAAGAAACAGUCAAAGAAGUCCUCUCUGAAACACCCAUCUCCAAACCCCCACCACCGCCACCUCAAAUCACUAACCCUAACCCAAGGCCUGAUGUUAAGCCCAAGAAAAUCGAGCCCAUUGGUGUAACUAAGCCCACUGAGCAAGAAAUCAGCUUAGUGUCUGAAAUCUCGGAGGCGUCUGAGUUUUGUAGCUUCUCCGGCAGCUUUUCGACUACUACUGUUAACGAGAAGGACGAUGGUGAGGUUACUCAGCGAGUGGGCCCACGUUCUCCGGCGAAGACGCCGAGAAAAUGCACUUACUCCGGCGAGGUGAAGAGAGAGAGGGGCCCCACUAGAUCUAAAAGAGGUGGUCACAGUCAGGUCGUGAGGUCUUCUAGGCCAGUUGCUCAAGGGAGGGCCAAUACGACGCCGCAUCGCAGGAAUGUGGGGCUUACUAGCGGUGCUGUAAAGAGAGAUUCCGGUGAGCUUUCUCUGAGGAGGUCGAGGUCACCGGCGCCACGUGGAGAGAAGGGUGGACCAGGUGGGAGGACUGUGGGACAGAGAGGUGUAACGGGCGGUGGGGUGACUGGUCAAGCCGGUGGCAAGUCACCGGUCAGGAAAGUUGACGAAAGUCAAAGGAAGGUGGAGAAGCAGGACGACGCCGUUUUGGGGGAGAAUGGGAGUGAGUCGCUUGAGAAUCCUCUUGUCUCACUCGAGUGUUUUAUUUUCUUGUAAGGAGUCAAACGGUGUCGUUUCUAAUAGUCAGUCUCGAAGAAAAAUGUUGUCUUUUGUAAUGCCUACUCUUCUAACUUAUCCGUCACCAAAUUUUACAGAUAACGAGUAUUUUGUAAGUAUCUAAGACUGUUGUUCAUAGACUCCAUGGAUCAAAAUUGAAUUUGGACAAUUCUGUUGUCUUCUCUAA